GGGAAAGGCGUGUGCGGAGGGGACGGAGGUGUCGCCCCGCCGCACAGGAAUCCGGCCCUGGCGGGGCCUGCGGAUCUGGCGGGGGGAGCGGUCCUGCGCGCCCGGCGAACCGCCUCGCCCACGGGCCGCGCCUCCCCGGCCGGGAGCGCCCCUGGCCGCGCCGCUGGAGGCUCGCGGUUCCCGGCCGCGGCUCGGCCGCUUGUGCGGGGUUAGCCCGGCGGGGGGCGCAGCACUGGGCGGACGGGGAGCCGAGGUCCCCGGGGCGCCGGGAAGCGGGGCCCGCCGCCUGCAGGGGUUCCGCGCGGGGUGUGGGCGCGCCGGGGCGCCCAGGCCUGGAGGCGCGGGGCCGGGCCCGGGACACGCGAGCGCAGGCCUGGGGCUGAUCGUGAUUGGAAGAGGACUGUCAGAAGGAUCUGGGAAACACAAUUUUUCUCUAAAAAGCAAAGAUCCUUUACCUACACAUUUUGCAAGAAAUGUGCAGAAAGCCAUUGAUAAAUAUACCUGUGAGCCCCUGUCAUCAUUUUCAUCCAGUGGAAGCCCCACCCCCACAGAAGCCCACAGCUCUUGGUCCGGGUCUGGAACGCAGAGUUCAACCUCGGCCACGGGUUUAUCUACCGAAAGGAGCUCCAUUUGCUCAUGGAGAGAUGAAGAGUUUGACAAAGCCAGUGCACAGAAAGUACAGCAGUUAUUCUGGGAGGUCGAGGAAAUGUUAUUCGAAGGGAAAGUGAGCCCACAGACCCAGAACCUCAUGGCUGAAUGCAGUGAGUGGGCGAGACGAUCCAUCCAUCUGAGGUAGGUGGGAAGACAGAUCAUCCUGCCAACCGGUGAAGGGGUCCGCCACUUCCAGGGCAGCGAGCCUCGCUCUGCAGGUCACGAAUCCUCCCCGGAUGCUCGUGAACACAGCAGCCACAUCAGGCAGCUGUGCAUCUCCGGCUCUCAAGUACUCCCAGCAGCACUUGCAGCCCCGGCCCUGCCAGGUCCUGACUGCAUAGAAGUAGCUGACAUAGCAGCAUGUUCAUCCCUGCAGGAAGAGAUCUAUGAUGUGGAUGGAAAAAUCGAAGAAUAUUUUGCUUUUGACCGAAAAGAAGAUGACGAUGAACACCUUGAACAGAAAUCAGCUCACCACUGUGGGAUGCGGCGCAAGCACGGACUUCCUCCCAUUUCCCCUCAUGACUGUAUCAAAGACACUGUGGCCGCAGAAGUGUUCGAUCACAUCUGGACAAAUGUGGUAGAAAUUCUGGAAGAGUUGAUUAGAAAAAACUGGGAAGUUACGCUCAUAGGAAGAAGAAAAGAGAAAGAAAAAUUGAAAGUCACUGAGGCUAAAUCUCUGCAGGGACUCAUUUCCCGUAUUAACACUGAUCUAAUGACUGUUCCCCCGUCCAGAAGUUUUGAAACUCAAAGCAUCUCCCUCGCUUCUGAUCUUAAUCCCCCCAGGUAAUGUUUUCCCCUAAUCCAUCGCUUCUCCAACAAUUUUUAUAGUGAUUUGAAUGGUGUGAUGACAAUUCAAGCAAAACCACUUCAGCCGAGACCGACCUAUUUUGCAGACAGAACUCAGAAUGAACAAGAGGACAAAUCACUGAGUGUUGGGGCUAGUAGCCUUUCUGCGGCCCACCACCGUCUGGGACGAAUCUCAGACUCCUGCCGACUACAGACUCCUGCAAAGAAAACACCGGUACACAGGAGGCUGCCUUCUCUCCCUUCGGACUCACAGAGAAUGAAAACCCCCAAUGUGGACAGUGAGGAGGUGCUUAGGGGAACAAGACUGCAAACUGGCAUGGACCACAUGUCCUCCCCACCAGUCCACACCGCACGGAGCAGGUUACCCCCCAUAGGCCCCGAGCCUGCUGAGCAGAAGGUGGCAGUUCCAGGAUCUCGGCCUGUCUCUUACAGAGGAAGGCAUGCACAGAACCAUGUUUUAAGUGCAAUACCCGAUAGUGUAGAACGAUCACCUCUUCGAGAAAGAUCUCUGACUGUGGAACAGUUUUCAAGGCCCAGCACAACCCAUACGUUCCGAUCAGACACCCCUCGAAAAGGUUCAUUGACUCUGAUGGAGUUUGCUGGUCACACCUGGGCAGGUCAAGGUUUGCUGACAGGUCAGUGUUCUCCAUGGAUAAAUAAAAUGAUGUAAUGUGUGAAAUUGUAAGUUUUGGAAAAGAAGCUGAAGAUUGCUCCCUGGAUGGGACAGUUGUGGACCCCGUCAGAGGAAAUACCAAGGGUUUGUGGUCUAAACCAGACCUCAGAAACCUCUAUAAAGACCAAAACUGCAAAGGCAAGCUGUGGUUGUAAAGAGGAAAAUGCCCAAAUGUUUUUU